CGAGGGGGCCUCUUCCAGAAGCUGGGGCACGGGGUGACGCUGAUCAGCCUGGUGCUGGACUACGCCAACAACAGCACGCAGACGAGCGUCGUGACCGAAGAGGGCGAACCCGGCCCCGGCGUCCAGCCCUCCGUCAGCGUCAGCCCCCUCGAGAACGUGGACGUCAACGUCGUCGACGGAUCCCCACCCACCGCCGCCGCCCUAGAGGAGAUCCCCAACGAGCUGGAGACAGCUCCCUCACCUGAUUCGUCCUCCUGCAAUUGUGUUUGUGGUGCAAUAAACAGACGAAUGCGAAUCGUUGGAGGAAAUGUGACUCGGGUGAACGAGUUCCCUUGGAUUGCAGCUCUGAGUCGUCGCGGAAAGUUCUACUGUGGUGGUACCCUCAUCACCAAUCGUCACAUUCUUACUGCUGCGCAUUGUAUUGAAGGGAUCCAGGCAAAGGAGAUCAAAGUGACUUUAGGAGAGCACGACAGGCAGAUUGUGAAUGAAACGGAGACAGUGGUGCGGAAAGUAAAGAAAACGUACAGGCAUCCUGAAUUCCAAAUUUCCAAUUUCAACAACGACAUCGCCGUCCUGGAGCUGGAAUCAACGGUCGACAUAGCCGGGCCCCACGUGCGAACCGCAUGUCUACCGGCUGAAGAUGGCGUGAACUACACAGGCAGGACAGCAGUUGUAGCUGGCUGGGGUCGUGUGGACGAGAGGAAGCCCAUCUCGAGGGUGUUGCGAAAGGUCGAGGUUCCCAUAAUUUCGGAGACGGACUGCAAAAGUGCCGGAUACAGCGAAUCCCGCAUCACCGACAAUAUGAUCUGCGCCGGAUACAAGGAGGGCAAGCGAGACUCUUGCCAGGGAGACAGCGGGGGCCCGAUGCAGAUCAAUGGGACUCGAACGGGCAAUAUGGAGGUCAUAGGGAUCGUCUCUUGGGGCCGUGGUUGUGCUCGUCCCAACUACCCCGGCGUUUACACGAGGAUAGCCAACUACUUGGACUGGAUCCAAGAGCAACUCGGCAUCGACAAAUUCUGCUGCAGCGCUCCCGUCCAGAAACUCCCGAUAUUCGCCAGAUAUUAAGACGCCUACCGGAUACAGUCUACCCAGUAGACUGAUGCGAUGGUAGAUAUUAUUAGUUGAGAACCGGUCAUAAAGUAACGUAAUACCUAAAUUGUUCUGUACAUUUUAAGAACGACGUGAUGAGUCAAUGGACCACUAGACAAGGUACGCAUUUCAGCAUUCUGAUAUAUGUUACUG